GUUUCGGCAUUUUGGACAACCAAAGCAGAGGGACAGGUGCAGAUGGGGCCGUUCUCUCCCUUCAACCUCUCCCUUGCGGUUUUCCUGGCUUUCCUUUCCCUGCAAGGCGCAGACUCCAGCUGCCUCACAGGCUGGCUCAAGCGAGGAAAUCAAUGCUUUGGGUUCUUCAAUGUUACUAUGCAAUGGCAAGAUGCAGAGGUUGCCUGCCAGGCCUUUGGUGAGAAUGGCCAUCUUGCCUCCAUUCACGAUGAAGACGACAUGAAGGCCCUGUCGCAACAUCUGAGCCAGAACUAUAAAGGGAGUCAACAUAUAUGGAUCGGGUUGCACAACCCCAACACUGGGAGUGAAAACAACUGGCAGUUCAAAUGGACAGAUGGCACCACUGGAAGAUACACUCCUUGGGCGCCUGGGCUACCCAGUAUUGACACCGACGAACACUGCGUGGAACUCUUCAGCAAUGGUGAGGAGCAAAAGGAGGAAGCCAUGGGGUGCUUCAGAGAUGGAGGCUGA